AUGGCCAGGAAGAGGAUUGCUGUGAUUGGAGCUGGAAUCAGUGGCAUGGGGGCCAUCAAGUGCUGCUUAGAUGAAGAUUUGGAGCCUACCUGCUUUGAAAGAAAUGAUGAUAUUGGAGGCCUGUGGAAAUUUCAAAAAAAUCCUUCAGAGAAAAGACCUAGUAUCUACAAAUCUGUGACCAUCAACACUUCAAAGGAGAUGAUGUGCUUCAGUGAUUUCCCCGUACCUGAUCACUUCCCUAACUACAUGCAUAACUGCAAACUCAUGGAGUACUUUAGGAUGUAUGCCAAGCAUUUUGGUCUUCUUAAUUACAUUCAGUUUAAGACCAAAGUGGAAAGUGUAAGGAAGCGUCCAGAUUUCUCCAUCAGUGGACAAUGGGAUGUUGUUGUGGAGACUGAUGGGAUACAGAAGACCAUGGUCUUUGAUGGCAUCCUGGUCUGCAGCGGCCAUCAUACAGACCCCCACUUGCCACUUCAGUCUUUCCCAGGCAUUGAGAAGUUUGAAGGCUCUUAUUUCCAUAGUCGGGAAUACAAAAGUCCUGAGGAUUAUGUUGGAAAGAGAAUCAUAGUGGUUGGCAUUGGGAAUUCUGGCGUGGAUAUUGCUGUAGAGCUCAGUCGUGUAGCAAAACAGGUGUUCCUCAGCACUAGACGAGGAUCCUGGAUCUUACAUCGAGUCUGGGAUAAUGGAUAUCCCAUGGACAGUUCCUUUUUCACCCGUUUCCAUCAUUUUCUCUGGAAAAUAUCAACUACAGCAGCAAUAAAUAACUACCUAGAGAAGACAGUGAACUCAAGGUUCAAUCACUCACACUAUGGCCUGCAGCCACAGCACAGACUACUGAGUCAACAUCCCACUGUCAGUGAUGACCUUCCAAAUCACAUCAUUUCCGGAAAAGUCCAAGUGAAGCCCAAUGUGAAGGAGUUCACGGAAACAGACGCCAUUUUUGACGAUGACACAGUGGAGGAGAAUAUCGAUGUUGUCAUCUUUGCUACAGGAUACAGCUUUUCUUUUCCUUUCCUGGAUGGUCUAAUUGCAGUUACUGAUAAUGAAGUAUCCCUUUACAAGCUGAUGUUCCCUCCUGACCUGGAGAAGCCAACACUUGCUGUCAUUGGGCUCAUCCAGCCCCUGGGCAUCAUCCUGCCUAUUGCAGAACUCCAGUCUCGCUGGGCUGCACGGGUGUUCAAAGGGCUGAGCAAAUUACCUUCAGUGAAGACCAUGAAGGCAGACAUUGCCCAAAGGAAAACAGCUAUGGAAAAACGGUAUGUGAAGACAGCCCGGCAUACUAUCCAAGUGGACCACACUGAGUACAUGGAUGAGAUUGCCACCCUGGUCGGGGUGAAGCCCAAUUUGUUCUUCCUGUUUCUCUCAGAUCCAAAGCUGGCCAUGGAGGUUUUCUUUGGGCCCUGCACUCCAUACCAGUACCGCCUGCAGGGGCCAGGGAAAUGGGAUGGGGCCCGGAGAGCCAUCCUGACUCAGAAAGAGAGGAUCAUCAAGCCCCUGAAGACUCGCAUUACUAGCAAUGACAAUCACUCAACUUCAGGCCUCCCUUGGACAAAGCUGGUACCAUUUGGCCUGGCAGUUCUGGCUACUGGCUUAGCAUAUUUUAGGUAUAUUCACCAUGGUAAACACAGAUGAAUGCAUGAACAUUUAG